AUGUCUACAAAUAAAACCUCAAUGUUAUGCAAACUUCCUUGGGUAUUAGAUCCGUCCGAUGCGGACAAUAGAAGUCAUAUUAUUACAAUUUUAUGCCUGGAGAUAAUUCUGGCUUUGUCCGCUGUGAUUCUCAAUGCCUCAGAGAUAAUUGUUAUUAGAAAAAUGUUCUCUCAGCUCGGUACAGCGAAGGAAAUUCUCUUGAGUCUUUGCGUGUCCGAUCUUCUCUAUGGCUUCAUUGUCCUGCUCGCCGAUGUAGUAUUCAAAGCUCUUCAGAUUUCCACAGGAACAUUCUGUCUCAUUGCACAUCUUCAAGCUGACGCAGCACUUCUUCUUUUCCUGUCAUCAUUCUUGACGUUAGUCCUAGCUACCGGAGAGAGGUAUCUUUGCAUCAUAUACCCAUUCUUCUACGAGCGCCAUUGCAAAUCUCUCGUAUGGUCAAUCUUGCUAGCAUGCAUUUGGUUUCUUUCCAUUUGUCAUCCUGUUCUUAAUCACGUUGGUGGCAUAGGACAUUAUGUUCUUUUUAUUGCUGGGUUUUUCAUUUUAUCUGGAUGUAUCCUGAUUGCAACUGCCUACCUUAGAAUAUAUUACGAAGCCCAUAAGAUAAGGAGAUCAAUACAGCAACAGGUUGCAAGCAUACAUGGUUCUCAGCCAAGAAAGAGGCCAUCAGCUAACAUGAUCGCAGCGGUAGUUGUAGCAACAUUGAUCUGCUACACGCCAUUUGCUUUCAAUUUGUUUUUUAUCAGACUGACGGAUAAAAGUGUAAGCGGGAAAACAGCAAACUGGCUCUUCACGCUCAUGUCGGUAAAUGCAACAUUGAAUCCGAUUUGCUAUUGUUUGCUUAACAAGACUUUGAGACAACGAUUUAUCAGACUUUGGCGACGGAGCUGA